AUGGCAAAGAGACUCCUUCCACUUCUUCAUGCAGCUGAUACUGAUACUGUAGAAGGGGAACUGAAUCAAGUGGAGAUCUAUAAGCAACCAACUUGGACGAGUAACAGUUUAUUCAGUGGAUCUGAAUUGGAACAAAAUGAGCUCUCCAUCCCGGAGGAGCUUCAUUGCAUGCAUCAGAGGCUAUGGGCUCUUGAAGCAGAUAUGGAGUUUCUGAAGCACUGCUUAUGCUCCAUCAAAGAAAUUCUGCAGCAUCUUUGUAAUCUGAAAUCUGUGGAACUCUCCGCUAUAAACUUGGCUGGAAGCAUUGCAACAUGA